GAGCGUCAACAUGUCCGGUGGAGCAACUCGUCGUGAAAAGAAAGAGCAACCAAAAAAAGAGACGACUAUCUUCCUCCAGUGGGAAGCUUCGCCACUCCAACAAAUCCAAGAGCUGCAGAGGAAGAGUACGGAUGAACUUCAGAGUGAAAUAGCAGAGAUUCUGGGCUUCAGGAGCCAUCACAUCUGUAUGAAGGAAGCUGCUCUGCUGGAUUACUAUGUCUGUGGUUUCUGGUGGGCAAAAGAGGCCAACUUCACCCCCGUACAGAUCUCCUUCACCAUGGCUUUACUGCACAUGCUGCUGGAUAACAUAAGAGAGAAACAGAUGGCUCUAGUGGAGAACUUAAUGGAGUUUGCUAAGGCCUUAGGUGCUGCCAGCCAGUGCUCACCUUCAGAGGAAGACACCACUCCACUUCUGGAAAGAGAAGAAGCCAUGGAACUCGUAAAUUACAUCAGAAACAGUCUGUUUCAGAAAUACAGCCUCUAUGAGCUUCUCUUCACCACAUCCAGAGAAGAGCUACUGACAGGCAUGGAGAGGGCCAUUGAGGUGAUUAGCUGUCAGGAUGCUCUCACUCCAUCAUCAGAAGACAUUUCCACUCGCCUCUACUUCCAGUAAAUGGCUCUGAAAUAGAUAAAUGAACAGGUGAUGAUGGACAGAUGGAUAGAUGGACAGAUGGAUGGAUGGACAGCCUCAGUGUGAGCUCUGACUUGUAUUUCCUUCAUUGUCCACAGUAGGGCAUCGUAUGUCUGUGGAAUCAGACAGUAAACAAACAGUCCACACAUCAUGUUUGUCUUCAGAUUUGCUUUUUUUUUGGUACCAUUCACACAAUCCAUGUUAUUAGACUGCCUCACAUGAAUGAGGUGACAACAACAACAUUUUAAUCCAAAAGAAAAAUGAAAAAUAGUUUUUAUUAUUACAGGUUUUUAUUCAUUUCAUUAAUCUAAAAAUAAGGCCUUAAUUGUUAUUAAAACGUCUUAAAUUAAUCUUCCAGAAGUCUUACAAUGCUUUUUUGUGUGAAUUUUUUUUUUCUAAUGUUGCAUUGUGGUAGAAAAAGAUUUCCGCACACUUACAUCUAUGCAGUGUUUCACUUUAACAUUGAGCUUUCUUUCUAUUAGACCUUCAUCGGAGCAUACAUAAGGCAACAAUGGACA